AUUGAAUGGGGGAAAUUAUUACACGCUGACUGCAUGUGUUGCACAAGUCGUCAUAGAAACGCCAAUGAAGCGAAAGAAACACAAUCAAAUAAACCCAAUUGCGAAGCCUUUGAACACAGUUUGCUUUUGUGAAAAUUUGUCACAGACUGAUAUCAUUGGCAGAAUGAUAAGAAUCUCAUCGUAAUCUUAUCAUUAAAAAAGUAAUUGGUAUUUUGACAGUUCUCGUAAGGUAAAACGUCACUUCAGAGACGUAAUAGGUUAUGUUGUCUAUAUUUAGUAAAAAUGUAAUUUAGUAACAUAAAUUAGUCGUUUUUGUGACUUUAAAUCAGUCAUGACAACUUCACCUACAAAAACCAAGCAAAAGUUGUCCCUGCGGAAGCGGCUCUUCGUGAAAAAGUCACCGAAAGUGGGAUGCUAUGUAGAUACUGAUUCCAACGACGAAUUCAACCAGUCUUCUUCAAGACCUAUCUCUCCAGCAGAUCCGUUUAUCGCGCAAAGUGCUCAGAAUGCUGAUUCGAGUGUUGACCUGUACGACAACCAGAGGAGUUCAACAUCAGAACUCCACAGCAAUAACUCUAGUCAGAAGAGUGAUCACAUCCACAACGAGGAUGAAAGUAAUCCAAAAUGCUGUCGAACCUUCUUCAGAAGGUCCCGUCCAAAGAGCCUCGUCGAGGGACACCCGUCCAAAGGCGAAACUGUGUCAAAACCGUGUAGUCCAGUGAAUAACUCUAGCAAUAGUGUCAGUGACCACACACUCUCGUGUACUAAGUCUGAAGAAAUACCUAAAGCCACAAUAAAGUUCCCCAAAGAUGACAACAGAAAGUGUUUUGAGCAUUCAGGGUCAUUUGAAGGUAUCAAGUCAAAGAAUAAGUUAUUUGUUAAGAGGUUGUCAGCCGAUCACCUGAUUUCUACUGAAAGUAAGCCACUCUAUCGUUCUUCAUCGCCAGAAAGCGACAGAAGUAGUUCUUUAGACAGAAAAAGGAGGACCAAAUCAACAAUAACUCGGUCAGCUUCCCGUGCUGGUAGCACAGACAGCUUGGCGCGUAACUCAUUGCUUGCCGCUCAGGUUCUUCGUCUCAUACCAACGCAGGAGGCAAGAGAAAGAAAUUAUCUUUAUGGAAGACUAGCCUCCCAUUCUCUAUUGGGUGCUGCAGAGUUAGAGCACGUUUUUCCAGAUAGAGAGGUCAAAAUAUUUGUCGGCACAUGGAACAUGAACGGACAGCCACCUCCAAGGGAACUAGCAGACUUCAUAUUUCCCCACCAAGUGAAGCAUGUGCCAGAUAUCUUUGCCAUUGGUACUCAGGAGUCAUACUCUGAACGGACAGAAUGGGAAAUCACCAUACAAGAGGUUUUAGGACCAUCUCACCUUCUUCUACAUUCAUAUUAUUUAGGAACCAUCCAUCUUACAAUAUUUGUACGAAGGGAUCUUAUAUGGUACUGCUCUUUACCUGAAGAUGCAAGUCUCUCAGUCCGACCAGGCACGGCUUUUAGAACCAAAGGGGCUGUGGCGAUAUCCUUUGCCCUUUUUGGGUCGACCUUUUUGUUUGUAACCGCCCAUUUGACCGCCCACCAGGAGAAAGUUAAAGAAAGAGUAUCAGAUAUAAAAAGGAUAAUAAGAUCUAUCGAUUUGCCGAAAAAUUUACCGUGUAGACAUAGAAGCAAAGAUGUAACCAGCAAUUUUGAUUAUGUUUUUUGGUGUGGCGACCUAAACUUUCGGUUGGGUGAGCCUAGAGCUGCUGUUUUACGAUGGAUUGAACAAACUGAAUUUCCUUUGCCCCACAACUUGCCCCACGGCCUGCUGCACGCGGACCAGCUGACAGCGGUGCUGGAGGACGGCGCCGCCUUCCGGGACUUCAGGGAAGCCCCAAUCACAUUCCCGCCUACUUAUAAGUAUGACCCUGGCAGCCAACAGUUCGAUACGUCCAGUAAACAGCGAGCGCCAGCUUACACUGACCGAAUAUUGUAUAAAGCCAAAUCCUUGAACGUCAACUCUACUUCUGCUUUCGCAGGUCUCCGUCGCAUCAGCAGCGUGCCUAUAUCGUCGGGCCUGAAGUGUGUAGCGUACAACUCGGUGCAGUCAGUGUGCACGAGCGACCACAAACCGGUUUGGGGACUGUUCUCGGCUGCGUUGCGGCCUGGUACUGAUGUAGUGCCGCUAGCAGCUGGUCUGUUCAACAGAGAAGUCUACUUGGAAGGUAUAAAACGACGAAGGGCCCUACUAGACCACAAUCCAGGCGGGUCAGCAAUCUGCAACGUGCAAUAACAUUGGCUGAAACCCUAAGUAUAAGUACCUAAUUAUAUCUAUAGUCCGGUCCCUGAGCACGUAGAAUUUUGUCCAAUGACCCCAAGCUACCCAUCCUUAUCGCUCGCGCGUAAUUAUAUUGCUGUUGCGCUCGCACAGUCACUACAGCAAUAUAAUUACGCGCGAGCGAUAAGGAUAGGUAGCUUGGGGUCAUUGGACAAAAUUCUACGUGCUCCGCGACCAGACUUUAUCUAUUAGGUGCAGUCAGCGUCAAAUAUUUCGUGACCAAAAAACCUAAAAGUUGCAACACGUCAUAAGGUUGUGUUUGUCAAAUUUUUGGUCACUAUGGGUGUCACGAUCUUUUUAACUCUGACUGUUUAUUUACUGACUUUAAAUUCACAAUGCGACUGCGAAAUAUUUUAUGACUUUCAAUCUUUAUUUGACUUCGGUGUAGGUACUUUUGUAUGGUGGUACCGGAGUACGUUAGAGAGAUAAAUUUUUGGUGUUAGAAUCGUCGAACAAUAGCUUUUAUUCUUAAAAUGACUGCCAUUAGGCGUAGUUUACAACGUGUACAGCAAGUGAGGAAAGUGAGAA